AUGCCAAUACACAUUGAAUCCAUCACCCAAGCCGACAUCCCACGCAUGGUUGACAUCCAACAGAUGGCGAUGGGAGCCAGUGCCUUCUUCCGCAGUACAGGCGACGUGCCCAACAUAGACGGGACCCCGGAAGAGAUAUCCGCGUCGCCUUGCAGGACAAACAAGAUAUCUCGAGUUUUGGAUAACUGGGAUAAAGACCCCACCUGCUAUCUUUUAAAAGCUGUUGACGACGACUCGGGGGAGAUGAUUGCGUUUGCCAAGUGGCAUGUUUACCAUGGGGAAGAGGGGUUGAAGAGAUGGCAAGCUUCUGUGAGGGCGGAUGAGGGUAUGGAGAUCCCGACUGGAGCAAAUGAGGAAGGCUUUCGAUUCUGCAAGAGCAAAUUACUGGAAAGACGGAGGAAGUUCUUUGGAAAGGAGGGGAGGGACCAUUGUUGUAAGUUCUGUGCGCUGCUGCUUCCAAUGGGCUUGAUGUUGAUCGCCAACGUAGUGCUAGCAUUGCUGGCUACUGACCCUCGCUAUGAGCGUCGUGGAGCAGCCUCUCUUUUAACACAAUGGGGUUGUGAUUUUGCCGAUAGACUUGGAAUUGAGUGCUAUCUUGAGGCCUCAAAGAAGGGAUACCCGGUGUACAAGAGAAAGGGGUUUGAGGAGUUAUCUUCCCAGGAGGACAAGAACAUUAUACAUUUUGACGCUAGUAGGUUUACGGGCAGGGGAGGGAGCGAUGGUGACUGGGUGAAUUUAGUCUGCAUGGUGCGGAAGAGCGCAUGUUAG